AUGGCUUUUCCAAUUCUUAGUAAUAAUAGUUCCACUUCUUCCUUAUCAUCUUUAUUAUCACCAUUAAAAACACAUCCAAAUAGAAGAAAUAAACAAAGUCAACUAAAGAAAAAACAACUACAACUAGAAAAUAAAUUAAAAAAGAAAUUAGGAAAUAAUAAAAAUAUUAAAAUAGACAACGAUAAUAAUAAUAAUAAUAGUGAUAGUAAUAGUAAUAAUAGUAACCUGUCAUUAAUGGAGACAAAGUCUGUCAGUAAAUUCAAUAGUCAUCCAAACCACUCGAGUCCAUUCAGAAAACCUAUAAAGAAGUCCAGCUCCUACUAUGAACUGCUCAAUGGUACUGUCAAUGUCGGAACGUCGCACUUUGAUCUGCAGCAACAAAAGAUGCUCCACGAGGAAAUGGACGGUCUCCAAGAGAAAGACGGCGACGACGAUGAACCACCUAUACACCACCUGAACAACAGCGCCGAAGAACAACUCGAACAACAACAAAACCUAUAUAUACAACAGCAAUUUAUAUCGCUAAGUCAGUUUGAAACUAGACCUCGUGUGGAAUCGAUCGACGAUUGGUUCCGUCAACCCGAGGACUGGGAGAUCAAUCUAAAGUACCUCUACAAAUGGAAAUGGAGAAUCGAAAUGGAGAAACACUUUAGACGUUACCGUAAGAAUAGAAUCAGACUGAUACAAGAUCAACUAUUCCGUCAAUUUGGAACGACAACAAAUAGAAAAAUUGAGAAAAUCAAUGAAGAAGAUGAAGAAGAAGAGGGAGUACAACAACAACAACUUGUAAAUAUUGAUGAUAAUGAAUGGAAUAGUCUGCCUCACGAUCCAAUGUAUUUAAAUCAACUUCAAAACAAUUUGGAUAGAUUAUGUUUUAGUGAAUCGGAACAUGAGACAACAACUACAACAUCAUCAUCAACAACUGUCAUUUCCUCCUCAAUGACUAAAACAUCAACGACAUCAACUACUACUACUUCGUAUAUUAAUACAUAUGAUAUUGGUGACUAUGAUCUUGAUAUUGACAUUGAUGACGAAGAGAGUCUUAAAGAUCUGGAUUUGGAGAUUGACGAUGAGUCUGGUGUGCUCUAUGCUGUUUACCGUUCGCCAAUGCUCACGUCGUCGUCGUCGGAUUGUGGAAUCAGCAGUGGUGUCAAGAGCAGAACGUCAUCGAUAGAUUCGAUCAUCGAGAGAAUAUAUAUCGAUGAGAAGAUUGUCGAUGUCAACGAGGAAUGCCCACCGACCAAGGAAGAGAAUGACAUGUUUGAAAAGAUGUUGACCGAUAUCAAGAACAUUCAAAUUCCAACGAUGGAAUAUGAUUUCAACUCUACGAGAACUGAUAAUACGCCAUGGAUUGCUCAAGCAUCUGAAGCUUGUGAAUAG